AUGUACACCAGCUUGAGUGCUUUACAAUGUCUGAUUGAACGAGAAGAAAUGAAGCGACAACAAAAUAAUAAUGCUAUGGCAGAUGGAAUGACUGAUAGAAGCCUAAGGAUUAACGGAAAGAAAUUAAUUGAGGAUGGGAAUAAACACGAAGCAUUGCAUAUUGAUGAAAGAAAUCAAGAAAAAUUGGAGAGGAUUGAAAUGUCAAUUUUACCUCAUAUGCAAAAUAUUGUUAUAGUUCUUUUGAAGCUUUUGCUUGCCACAGUAUCAUCAAAUAGUAACGCUAAUUCUUCGAAAUCAUCGGAAAAUAGUGAAAAUAAACCAAGUUCUUCGAACGGUGGUGAAGGAAGCGCUGCUGCCUCGCAUUCAACCAAGAGCAACACUGUCGAAGAGGUCGAUAUAAUGCGACAUCGUGAAAUAACUUCGAAAGCAGUUUCGGCAAUUUUGAUAUUAAUGCUUAAGCAUUUUAAACUUUCUCAUGCUUUGAAAUUUGAAUACCUCUCACAACUUUUAGUCGAUUCCAAUUGCUUACUUCUCAUACUGAAGAUGUUUGGUCUACAAGAUGUUGCAUUAGCCACAAAAGCAAACAAUGAAGUAGCAGAAUUAAAUUUCUUCCAAUUUUGCGCUGUAAAUGCCCAAAAGGAAAAUGUCUCGAACAAACUAAAAGAACCUGAAGUUACUGGGGAAAUUAAACCGGUUGGGCAAGAAGAUGAUGAAUCUUCCACUAAAGCUCAAGACGAUGAUGAGACGGAAUUUUGUUGGCGUAACUUUUUUGCCGCCAUUAAUUUCUUGAAAAUAUUACAGAAAUUGACAAAGAAAAAAACACAUAGAAUUUCAUUGCUAGUGCAGUAUAAAUCUUCUGCAAUUUUGAAACGUAUACUAAAAGUGCCGCAUCCUCUACUGGAGCUAUACGCAUUAAAAGUCUUAAAGAAUCAAAUACCAUUUGUGGGAAGAAAAUGGCGUCAAAGCAAUAUGAAAGUUAUUACAUCGAUUUUUCUAAAAUGUCGUCCAGAUCUGAGGGAUGAAUGGAUAUCUUCGACUGACGCUGAUGCGGAAUUAGAUGAUGCCUUGGCAAAACAGGCGCUUCGAGAAUCAAUUAAAUUCUACAACACACGUCACUAUCUUUCGCAAAAUGGGGAAAAGUUACCAAAUGGCUCAUCCAAUCACCAAGAUGAUAAAGGUUACUUUCCGGAUAUAUUUCCACCAAACCACACACAACCAUUUAAACUGAACAACGCGGCAUACAUAGACGACAUAAUGCUCGACGACAAUUUCUUAUCCAACUGGGAGCAAUGGCUUCACGACGAAGUCUACAGUUUUUCCGUGACAAGACCUCAUCUCAGAGGUAUCAACGAAUACUACACUGAUGACCACAUGGUCACGUUCUUUGGUGAUGGCUCUGAAUGGGAAGCACCUUUAUCUCCCGUAGAUGAUGAAAAUAAGAAAGAUCCUUUUACUAGUGUCUCAUGGGAUAGUCUUACUCGUAACGAGUAUACAAAUUACCAAGAAGAAUGGCGCAAUAAUAAUUUCAAAUUAACCUACGACGAGGACGAUAUGGAACAUGUAUUACAAAUUUCUGAUGUUUUUGACGAGGAUCCUGUUCCAUCUGAAGCUAAUUAUCGAUGGCCGGAUGAAAUGUUGGGUCCAUUUGUCGCAAAAGAAAUUACUAUUUACGAUCCGCCGUCAUCUGAAGAAAAUCUUCAGGAGACAUAG